UGAUGAUCCCUCACGAAAUGACCACAAGAUAUACAACACAAACGUUUUCCAUUUUCUUAUUUCUUUUCCGUCUAAAUAAAAUUUGUGUUUUCAGUUGUCGCUGUCGAUCUCCUUGAAUUCGCAAAACUGCGCGAUUGGGAGGGGUCUCUAGGGUCUCCAAGAAAGUUGAGUUUUUUCUUUUUUGUUUGUUUGUUUGUUUUUACUAUCUCGGGUUUGUUUUGUCCUUUUUGUGAUAUGUUCACGCCGCAAAGGAAGGCGUGGCCGGGACUAACGCUAACGCCGCCAACUGACCCGCAAAGAGCGGGUGUUUCAAACACUAGGAGUGGAAACCUUAGGGGGAAGGGAAAAGCCGUUGUAUUUGCUGAUGAUCCUAGGAAACUGCCACUGCCACCUGUUGGUUCGCUUAGCAGCAAGGGGGCCUUGGAAGUUAAGGUGGAAGAGGAGGACAUGGAGGACUGGAGGCGUUUCAAGGAAGCUGGGUUAUUGGACGAAGCGGCCAUGGAAAGGAGGGACAAUGAAGCCCUUGUUGAAAGGCUCUACAAGCUUGAAGGAGAGCUUUUUAACUACCAGUAUAACAUGGGGCUUCUCCUCAUGGAGAAAAAAGAAUGGACAUCAAAGUGUGAAGAAUUAAAGCAAGAACUUGCUGAAGUUGAGGAGAUCCUCAGACGUGAGCAGGCAGCACACUUGAUUUCAUUAUCUGAAGUUGAAAAGCAAGAGGACAACUUGGCAAAAGCCGUAGGUGCUGAAAAGCAGUGUGUGGUGGAUCUUGAAAAGGCAUUGCGUGAUAUUCAAGAAGAACAUGCCCAGGUCAAGCUUAGUUCUGACACAAAGUUCAUUGAUGCGAAUGCAUUGGUCGCUGGAAUUGAAGGAAAAUCCUUAGAGGUGGAAGAAAAGCUGCAUGCUGCUGAUGGUAAGCUUGCAGAGAUAAAUAGAAAAAAUUCAGAAUUGGAAAGGGAACUGCAAGAAAUGGAGGCCCGUGAAAGUGUGCUUCAAAGAGAGCACCUCUCCUUAGUUGCAGAACGAGAAGCACAUCAGGUAACUUUUUAUAAACAAAGGGAAGACCUCAACGAGCGGGAGAAAAGACUAAAUAAAGGAGAAGAAAGGCUGACUGAGCUUAGGAGGAUACUCAAUCAGAGGGAGGAAAAUGCAAAUGAGAAUGAUAGGCUUCUUAAGCAGAGAGAGAGGAACCUUGGAGAGCUGCAAAAUAAAAUUGAUUUAUCAACAUUGAAGUUAAAGGAGAUGGAAGAUGAUGUAAGCAAGCGUUUUGAAGACUUGAUUUCAAAAGAGAAGGAAGCCGAGUCCAUGAGAAAUGCUCUAGAGGCAAAAGAGAAGGACCUAGUUGCAUUUGAAGAAAUGCUUACUGCUAGAGAAAGGGUGGAGAUCCAGAAACUUGUUGAUAAACAAAUGGUUAUGCUGGAUGCGAAAAUGCAGGAGUUUGAAUUGGAACUGGAAGAAAGGAGGAAGUCUGUUGACAAGGAACUAGAAAGAAAGGUACAUGAAGUGAAACAGCAGGAAGCCGAAAUUAACCACAAGGAAGAAAGGUUGAUAAAGCGAGAACAAGCACUGGAUACAAAGUUAGAGAGAGUGAAGGAGAAAGAAAAGGACCUUGAGGUGAGAUUGAAAACCAUCAAGGACAGAGAGAAGUUUGUGAAAAUUGAGGAGAAAAAGUUGGAGUUGGAAAAGCAACAACUGUUUUCUGCUAAAGAGAGCUCAGAGGUUCUCAAAGAUGAGAUCGAUAAGAUAAGGGCUGAAACUAAUCAGCAAGAGUUAUGGAUUUGUGAGGAGUCUGAAAAGCUUAAAAUAACCGAAGAGGAGAGGUCUGAACAUAUCUGUUUGCAGUCAGAAUUGAAAGAACAGAUAGACAACUGCAGACGUCAGGAGGAGUUGCUUUUGAAGGAACAUGAGGAUCUGAAACAGCAAAGAGAAAAUUUUGAGAAAGAGUGUGAAGUUUUGGAUGAAAAAAGAAUUGAAAUCAUUAUGCAACAAAAGGAAAUUGUUGAAGAAAAGGAGAAGUUCGAAAAGUUGCGACAUUCAGAAGAAGAAAGGUUGAAGAAAGAGGAAUCUGCUAUGCAAAAUUAUAUUUGUAGGGAGAUGGAAUCAAUCAGGCUGCAGAAAGAAUCAUUUGAUGCCACUAUGAAGUAUGAGAAGUCAGUUUUAUUGGAAGAAGCUCAGAAUGAGCAGAUUAAAGUGCUUCAAGAUUUUGAACUGCAGAAAAUGAAUCUUGAAACUGAUAUGCGGAAUAGGUUUGAUCAAAUGCUGAAAGAUCUGCAAGAAAGGAUUGUUGCAUUCGAGGAGGUGAAGGGGAGAGAACUUGCUAAUAUGAGAUGCUCAAAAGAAGAUGCUGAGAGGGAAAUGAAAGAAAUAAGAUGUGUGAGGCAUGCUGUAGAAAGUGACAAACAAGAAAUUGUAAUCAACAGGGAUAAGCUCAAAGAGCAGCAGCUAGAAAUGGGAAAGGACAUUUAUGAACUUGGUAUCCUUAGCAGCAGGCUCAAGGACCAGCGGGAACAGUUUAUCCAUGAAAGACAUAGCUUCCUUCAAUUUGUUGAGAAGCUCAAGUCUUGUAAGACCUGUGGAGAAGUAACGAGGGACUUUAUACUGUCUAACUUCCAGCUUCCUGAUGUGGAGGAUAGAGAAAUCCUUCCUCUUCCACUGCUAGGUGAUGAAAUCUUAAGGAAUCGAGAAGGUUUUGGUGGUUCUGGUGUUGCAAAUAUCAAGAAAUCUCCUGAAGCUGAUGGGCAAUAUCCAGCAUCUGCUGGGCGCAUGUCCUGGCUCCGUAAAUGCACUUCAAAGAUUUUUAGCAUUUCACCAACAAAGAGAAAUGAAAUUAAAGCUGAAGGAUGUGGUAUGAUUAUCACUGAGGAAGUCGGAGUGAAUAUUCAUGAAGAGGCAGGGGAGCCUUCUUUAAGGAUUCCAGGUGACUGUAUCCAUAACCAAUUGCUCCAAUCUAAUACAGCUAGAGAGUUGGAUGAAGGAUCUGGCGAUCAUAACUAUGUUGACUGUAAGGUGCAAGAAGUUCCUGAAGAUUCUCAGCAGUCAGAGCAGAAGAACGGUCACCGCAAACCUGGAAUAAAACCUAAAUCUGGACUGAAUUGGACACAGUCCAUGAAGGCUGUAGUUGAAGAUGCAAAACUAUUCCUUGGUGAAAGCCCGGAAGAACCUGAGCCUAGUAAGAGCGUGCAGCCACAUGAAAUCAGCCAUGUCAAUGAAGAAAGUGCUGGUGUUUCUAGUCAUUCUGAAAAGGGAGCAUGCAAUAAUGGAAGAAAAAGGCAACUCCUGCUAAAUUCCAAAGUUACUGACAAUGAGCUGGAUGCUGCAGAUAGUAAAGGACGUUCUGAUAGUGUCACAGCUGGUGGGCAAAGGAAGAGGCAACAAACAAUUGCUCUAGGCCUCCAAACCCUGGGAGAAAAACGAUACAAUCUCAGACGACGCAAGACUGCAGUCACAGCCACAGCAGCACAAGCCUCAUCUGAUGUUCUGAAGAGUAGGAAAGAGCCUGAUAGUGAUGGCGUGAAGGGAGGAUUUUUUUAUACUGGGAGCAGAAGAUCUAAUUUAGUGCAGGUCACGACAUUGAAAAAUGUGGAGAAUUUAGAAAGCAAGGUUGUUAGGUUCAAGACAAGUAUGGAUGACAAUGAGAAUACAGCAAAGUCAGUUGGGAGUGUUGAUUUGAGUGAAGAAGUAAAUGGUACAGCUGAAAAUGGUGAUGAAGAUCAGAGUGGGAGCACAAUCCAUGAGGAUGACUAUGAUGAUGAGAUGGAACAUCCUGAUGAAGUCUCAAUAGGAAAGAGAAUCUGGACAUUUUUUACCUCAUGAAGGCAUCCCCCUAUUUCUUUUCUUCUUCUGAGACUGCAGGUGGUUCACUCAUAUGCUAUGCAAUACAUGACACAACUAGGUGUGUAACUUGGAAGCUUCAGCUUCAGCUUCAAAGCUUUGCAUUAUAUCUUUAAGUUUUUGCGUAUCGGCUAUAUAGGAGUGUUUCCUGUCGACUCCCUAGGAAGGUGAUGUGCAAGUGGUUACAACAAUUUCUAGUUCAUUCUGUAUACUAGAUUCGUUAUCAUGUAUCCACUUGCAAUUAUUAGCUGCCACAUUUUUGCUUCAUAUUUUUCAUUCCUUGUUGCGAAAUUAUAUUUUGGUCGGCAUUUUUUUGUCUUUAAUGAAUAUAAAUCAGGCUUAGGAACAACCAAGGAAAACAUAACUCCUCCAAAAGAUUAUUUCAGAAUAGGCAAAUAGGGUUCGGAACCUGAGGCUGGGUUUCAAAUCGAAGGAGAGAAAUAGGCUUUGAGUGUGAAAAGGUAAAAAGAAGCGAGUUAAAUGAGACAGCGGAGGUGCCGCUGCUGUUGCUGGUUUUCCUGAAUCUGUGAAUCAUUGUAUUAAAAAAGGUGGCAUCACCAAAAAGAAAAGAAAAGGACUGGUCAGCGUGCAUUAGAUGUGCCUUCUCUUCCGCCAACAGAACAGAACAAAAAAAAAAAAAAUAGUGUAGGCUUUCUGCCUUCCUCUCCCUCUUCUUAAUAAGCACACGAAUUGUGGUUCAGAUCCCCAACCACAAAGCCUCAGAAGUCCCUUAAUUGCAUUUACAGUUGCAUUUUUGCUUCUCAUGUUUCUCGUUUUUGUUUAUUGGUUCUCCUCAAGCAUCCAACAGAUUCGCAGCCUCACGCGGCACCAUGAACUACAGAAUACAGAGCAAAGCAAUGCCAAUGUGAGCUUUGAUGGGUGCAUAUUGUUGUUCUCAUCUUCUAUCUUGAAUGUACCUUUGCAUAGUGGGGAGAGAGAGAGAGACAGCAGAUUUUCUAAAUUAGUCAAAGUGUGAAUAUGACAAGUCAGUCUAAGUUUUAAUUUACGAACAUAACAUGUCACUUUCAUGUAAGCAAAUGAAUUUGGUUCUUUCAAAUUUCAUUUCGGAAAUUGUCUCCAAUGAUAUGAACCAGUUUUAUUAUCAAAGAUCAUUUAAAUUGAAUGUAGGAUAUUUUUUUUAGAUUGGUUUAGUAUCCUAAUUCCUAACUAAACGAAGAUUGCUGAUUUGAUCUCAUCUAUCAAGGUAUCCGUUUUAGCACACUUGCUCAUUUUCUAAUAGUUAUAUUAGGUGAUGGCAAGGCAUUAUUAUUGCCUAAUUUCCCUUUCCAAUUUCCAGUUUGCCACUUCUUAAUUUCCACUAUAUUUGCAGUCUAGGCACAAUUUCUACCACAACUUAAUGCUCUUUUGUCCGUUUCUGAGUCUGAGCGGCAUUACUGUUUGAAAAAGCCACCAAUUAGCUCAAAACCAACAUAAAAGUAAAAUAGAGAUAUA